AUGGUCAAACGUUCCACUUUCACACCUUCAGACGAAGAGGGAGAAACCAAACCUCCCGUUUCCCCUUCUUCAACUCGGGAAGAGAAGCCUAAUCUGACACCGGCUCCGACCCCCUCUCCAAAGAAAAGAAAAGCCUCUCAGACAAAGAACGACAACGGGACUUGGGAUCCAGACAAGCGAGAGCAACUCAUCGAACGAGUGCUUGCCAUCGGUCUAAAGAAUGCCAGUCUUGAGCAGCUUGCGAUCGAGUUUGAAGUCAGCAAGCAGCAGAUGAGCAAUGCUCUACAGGCUGGGAGAAAGGGAAAUUUGCGAGACAAGGCGUGUAAGGCCGUCAGAGGGGAUGCGCAGGGGUAA